UCAAAUCUCCGAGCCCACACAUAAACGACCGUUAGAACUCCCUCUCUCUCCCAUUCUCUCUCUCUCACUCUUUCUCUCGCUCUCGCUUCACCACUCCGAGCUCCGACGCCAACGUCUCCUCUUUCUCCGAGUAAAUCCCCGUCGAAAUCGACUUCUCGAAGGACUCGAUCAUGGGAGAGGAGCAAGCGUCGGCUAUGGAAGCGCCCAAUUCGCUCUCUCCGGCUUCUCAGAAAGGGUUUUGCGGACCAGUUCAAGAAAACGAAGAUCAUCAGCCCCUGGAAUCUGACCAGUUGGAUCGUGGCGUGAUGAUUUCACUUUUUGAUGGGACUGUGGAACAAAAUGGCGAAGCUUUGGAAAAAGAAACCAAUCAACUGAACAUUCAGGAACCAAAGCCUAAUAUUUAUCAGGAUAAAGAGGAAAUUGGCGACACAACAGAUAACACUAUUGAUACUUUCAUGGAUGAUUGCACCAUUCCUUCUCCUGCACUCAAGGACAAUGGAAUGUCAUCCUUUUUUGGCCCUGAUUUAUCUACUGCUCUUCAACUUCUUGGAACCAAGUACAAUUCUCUAAUGAAGAGAUACCAAGAAGGAUCCUCUAGACUUCAAGCACUGGAGGCAGAGUGUGUGACCCUGUCAAAUAAGUGCCUUAACGAGUGCCAGCCUAGAUAUGAAAACUUGAAAGAGAAGUAUACUCUUGAAUGCGCCGAGAGAAAAUGUCUGUACAAUGAAUUGAUUGAGCUAAAGGGCAAUAUAAGGGUCUUUUGCAGAUGCCGGCCAUUGAACCCAGAAGAGGCCUCUAAGGGUUAUUCUUCUGUAUUAGAGCUUGAUCCAUCCCAAGAUAUGGAAUUGCAGAUUGUAUGCACUGAUUCAUCCCGGAAGAAGUUCAGAUUUGAUCAUGUUUUUGGUCCUCUAGAUAAUCAAGAAGCCGUUUUUGCAGAGACAUUGCCAGUUGUGAGAUCAGCCUUGGAUGGGUACAAUGUCUGCAUAUUUGCAUAUGGGCAGACAGGUACAGGAAAGACAUACACAAUGGAAGGAACAUCGGAAGACAGAGGUGUGAACUAUAGGGCCUUGGGGGAACUGUUUCAGAGUUCUAUGGAGAGAUGUUCCACAAUGAAAUAUGAAUUCUCCAUCAGCAUGCUUGAGGUCUACAAUGAGAAAAUUAGAGAUCUUUUGGCAGAAAACUCGGAUCAACAUGCCAAAAAGUUGGAGAUAAAGCAAACAGCAGAUGGGACUCAGGAUGUUCCUGGGCUUGUUGAAGCUCCAGUCAACAGUGUAGAUGAGGUGUGGAGUAUGCUUAAAACUGGGGGAAGGAACAGAUCCGUUGGAUCAACCAACGCCAAUGAACUUAGCAGCCGUUCUCACUGCUUGGUUCGUGUAAUUAUUAAGAGUGAGAACAUGCUGAACGGACAUCAAUGCAGAAGCAACAUGUGGCUUGUGGAUUUAGCUGGAAGUGAGCGUGUAGGAAAGAUUGAGGUUGAGGGUGAGAGACUGAAGGAAUCACAGUUCAUUAAUAAGUCCCUCUCGGCAUUAGGUGAUGUUAUUUCUGCUCUGGCAUCAAGGAAUCCGCACAUACCAUACAGGAAUUCAAAACUUACUCAUUUACUUCAGAGCUCUUUAGGAGGGGACUGCAAAACUUUAAUGUUUGUGCAGAUAAGCCCAAGUACAGCUGACUUGGGAGAAACUCUCUGCUCACUUAACUUUGCAAGUCGAGUGCGAGGAAUUGAGCAUGGCCCUGUCAAGAAACAAUCAGAUCCAAAUGAAAGUUUCAAGAUUAAACAACUGACAGAGAAGCUUAGGCAAGAGGAGAAGGAAACAGCAAAAUUGAAUGAAAGCCUGCAGCUAAUGCAUCUCAAGUAUGCAUCACGUGAGAAUGUGUUUAAAACAUUGCAGGAAAAGAUCAGAGAUGCAGAGCAAGCAUGCAAAACCUAUCAGCAGAAGGUGAAUGAUCUGGAGAACCAACUAGCCGAGCAAAAGAGCACAAGGCAUUCAGUGGAAUCAAGAGAACCCACAAAGUACCACAAGCCGCCACUUCCUCCUAUCAAGCAGAGGUUACCUCUGGGCAAAAUCACAAAUCGCAUGCCACCUGCUGGACCUCGCAAAGUCAGCAUCACACCUAUGCCUCCCUUAGCUGAUAAAGAGAACAACAUUCUGACUAUGAAGAAAGCAACAUACACAAGUCCAAAUAAUCAAUCUUCAAGAGCAAGAAGAAUCUCAUUGACUCCUGUUGUCCGGCCAUUGCCAGUGCAGCGCAAAAGGAGAGCCUCCAUUGCUGUCCUGCCCAAUGAUUCACUAGCAGCAGUGCCUGAAAGGCACCAGCUGAAUUCAACUAAUAAAAACCAUCAACGAUAUCAACCCAAAGCACCACAAAGAAGGAACUCAAUGGCUACAUUUGUUCCAUUUACUCCUUUAUCUAAAAUCUCUACAGUUAUUGCUACUCCAGAUGGGAAAGGAAAAUUCAGCAACAAUGUAAGCAACAGCAGCAAGUACACAAGCUCACCUCCUUCUGUGCAGGCAAUUUGGAGAUCAAAGAUCCCAAGUGUUGGUUCUCCGCGACAAAGGCUUCGGCUUCUUUCAAGCCCAUGCAACUCAAGUGCCAUGAAUUCACAGAUGAUGAACAAGUUAUGUUUCAGUGUUCAGAAAAGAGUCAUUGUGGGCUCGCCUAGUCAUCGUCAGAGCACUUCAACGCUGCCAGGAUUAUCCAUGCUUAAUCAGGCUCUAAGGGAGAAGGAAAUAGUUGGCAAAUUGGGCACUGCACAGCGAGUUUUAUGCAGGAAAAGGAGGCAGUCAGUCAUAUAGUAAGUGAUCAGAUAAUUUUUUGUUUGAUUUGUCUGUCCCUCUGAGGUUUUCUUUUUAAAACCUUGUUUAUAGCACAAUAUGUCUGUGUUUGAUUGGUUUUUUUAGACUGCUGCAGACUGUGUGAUCAACUUCUGUACUUCUUUCAAAUUGGCAAGCCAUGAGAAGGCCCUGCUGCUGCUGUAACAUGAAAAGCUCUUGUUUCAUCAAAAAUCUGGUUUAUAUCUUCUAGUUGCUGUUACUUUAAUUCAAACUUUUCCAGAACAGCCAUAAUUGCCAGCAUUUGAUUUUGGUUAGAUACAAAUCUAAAAAGUCAGCUAAUAAUACUCUUUUGUUCUUUGUGUGACA